GGCACCAGGCUCCACCCGAACGUGUGCGCGCUCAGAAGACACACAGACGCAACACACACACACACACACACGCACGUCCACUAUGCGCUUCUCCUGAGCAGGCGCGCAUUCUCGCACCAUGGGGAGUCCCGCCAACAGCACCGAGGUCCUCCGGAACGCCAGCGACCCGUUAGCGCGCAACGAGGAGUUGGCCCGGGUGGAGGUCCUGGUGCUGAGCGUCACCUUCGUGGUGGCGGUGGUGGGCAACGUCAGCGUGCUGCUGGCCAUGCACAACACCAAGAGGAAGAUGUCGCGCAUGCACCUCUUCAUCCGCCACCUGAGCCUGGCCGACCUGGUGGUGGCCUUCUGCCAGGUGCUGCCGCAGCUGUGCUGGAGGAUCACCUACCGCUUCUACGGGCCGGACGUCCUGUGCCGCGCGGUCAAGCACCUGCAGGUGACGGGCAUGUUCGCCUCCACCUACAUGAUGGUGAUGAUGACCGUGGACCGCUACAUCGCCAUCUGCCACCCGCUCAAGACGCUGCAGCAGCCCACGCGGCGCUCCUGCGUCAUGAUCGUGUCGACGUGGACGUGCAGCCUCGCGCUCAGCGCGCCGCAGGUCUUCAUCUUCUCCCUCAGCGAGGUCCGCAACGGCACCGGCGUCUACGACUGCUGGGCGCACUUCGUGGAGCCCUGGGGGGCGCGCGCCUACAUCACCUGGAUCACCGUGGGCAUCUUCCUGGUGCCCGUGGUCAUCCUGGUGGUGUGCUACGGCUUCAUCUGCCACAGCAUCUGGAGGAACAUCAAGUUCAAGAAGCGCAAGGGGGCCGCCGGCAAGGACGGGCUGAUGGGCAAGAGCUCGGUGAGCAGCAUCACCACCAUCUCCAGGGCCAAGAUGAGGACCGUCAAGAUGACCCUCGUCAUCGUGCUGGCCUACAUCGUGUGCUGGGCGCCCUUCUUCAUCGUGCAGAUGUGGUCGGUGUGGGACGUCAGCCUCCAGUUCGCCGAUUCCGAGAACACGGCGGUGAUGCUGUCGGCGCUGCUGGCCAGCCUCAACAGCUGCUGCAACCCGUGGAUCUACAUGAUCUUCAGCGGCCACCUUCUGCAGGACUUCGUGAACUGCCUGCCCUGCUGCCACCGCAUCAAGGCCGACUUCCGCAAGGAGGACUCGGACAGCAGCCUGCGCAGGACCACGCUGCUCACCAAGGCCACCAACCGCAGCCCCACGGGCAGCUCCGGAAACUGGAAGGAACUGGACAAUUACCCCAAGACUCCCGCUCAGGCCGAGUGAGCGCGCAGCCUGGCAACUCUUUCACUGGAAUGGAAAAAAAACUGAAGGUACACAAACAUUGAUCGAGCCCCGCGAGCGGGAUUCGGAGACACUCGCUUGUUCCUGCUGCUGGAUUGUUUGAUUUGUGGUGUCCACCAGGAUGUCGAAGACAAUAGAGGGAUACGAAACAAAAGACCCGCUAAUAACUCUGCUCAUGCAUCAUGGUGUCAUAUUGUCCUCUUUACAGCGUUCCGUCAUAACCAGACGUGUCCCCUGUCCUCGUGUGAAUACUGAGAGACCAGCUCAUGCUUUUGUGCGUCCAAACAGAAACAUUCCCGCCAAUCGGACCCUCCGGGGACGUUCCCAUCGUGCCAUUUCGCGCAAAAUCCAAUCCCCAUUAAUCAUGCCCUGCGACAAGGGCUGUGACUCUUUGGGCAACUAACCAUCCGAUCCGAUUCCGAUUCCGAUUCCUGGGGUGACGAUUCGACUCAGAAUCUAUUUUCGCGUUGUAUUUGUUGGUAUAAUAAUUAUAAUAAAACUUUUUCUAAAGAGGUUACAGGUUAAAAAAUUUCCUUCUGGUUGCAUUUUUAAAAAUGUAUUGUUAUAAAAAAAUAUAUAUAUAUAUAGUUGAGGUUACUGUGGUUUAUCUGUUAUACAGUGCUCAAUACCGGGGUAAAGCGGAAUAUACGUAAACACAGAAGCUAUUUCAUCCCUACAAGCCUGUUUCGCAGGUUUCCCUGCUCUUUAGG